AUUGCAAGAUAAGAAAUAUUCCACUCUGGUUGAAAAUAAAGGAAUAUCUUUUCUUCUUUCAAGUGAAUAAAAAAUUAAACAAACAAAAGAUGUUUAUAUCUGACGAAAAAAAUAUAAAAAAUAUGAGUAUCCUAAAAUUAUCUAAUAUAUCUUGCUUCGGCCUUUUUUUUAUUUUUUUAAUUUUAAAAAUAAAUUUUGAUCAAAGCUCAUAUGAUCAUAUUAAUAAAAAGUAUAACCUUCUAUUAAAGGAGUAUUUUUUAACACACACAAAUAUGGAGAAAUCAUAUGAUACUUUUACAUAUUCAGCAGAUUACUACAACUUUUUAAACUCCAUAGUCAUAAAGAAUAUCAUGAGAAAUAAAAAAGACUUGCAAAAUAAAAAUUUAUUCGAUAUUAAUUUGAAUUUAAAUGAUUACAAUAUUUCUAUAUAUGAUGAUUUUUUUAAUCCUUUUCCAUACGACGUCUUUCUAAAAUUUAGCGGCGACAACCAAAUAUCCGAUGAAAUAACUAUAGGCAAUCCGUUACUUGCACACGAAUCCAACAAUGAGAGUACCAAAUUAGAGAAUUAUAAAAGUAUCAUAGAGGAUAAUAAGGGAAGGAUAAAAUAUUAUGACGCUUAUUCGAUUCUCUACAACUUUGAAUACUCCCUAUCUUUAUUAAUAAGGACGUCGUUUAAUGUGCAGAAUUAUGGUGUGUUUAAAAAAGAUAAAGAAAUUUUCGUUCAUGAGAUAUAUGAAGAUAAUUAUAAUAACAUGUAUAAUUAUAAAUAUAUUUUAUUAAUAAUUAUGUUUAUCAUAACAAUAAUAUAUUUAAUUUUAACUAUAUUUAUGGUGUAUUAUAUAAGAAGCAAGAUUUAUAUUUCUUUUUUUUCCUUUUUUUUCUUAAACUGCUUCUUUUUUUUCCUAUUUCAUUUUAUGAGCUUCACACCAGUUAGCUAUUUUUAUGAUUAUAUUAACGACAUAAAGGAAAAUCAAAUAUCCGAAAUAUUUAAUGACAUGAAUAAACAAGACAAUUUUAGAUCCUUAUUAUUUGAUUUAUUAAAAAUAAAAUGGUAUAAAUUUUAUGCAAAUUUAUUUUCUUAUAUCAUUAUUCUUACAUCCUUAUUAAAUAUCUUUUUUUUUUUUUUUAUAAAUCAUAUUUCAUUUUUAAUAAAGUAUAAAAAAAUUUUUCUAUUCGUGAGCAUACCUAUAUGGAUCUCAGUUUUUUUCAUGUCCUUAAUAGGAUCUUAUUUUCCAUGUAAUAUCCAGAAGAACAUUUUUAAGUGGAUACUUUUAUUUUAUCAAAUUCAAACAAACCAGAAUUCUUUCCCUUACGAAGUCUUAAACAAAUUUAUUUUUGUUUUCUUCUUAUUUUACCUUACCUCCAUAUUCCUAUUUAUUUAUGUAAAGAAAAAACCAAACAUAAUUAAACUAAAAAAACGAAAUUAUCAAAAUGAUAAAGACACAAAACAGGUACCUUUUAAUCACACGAAUAUAUACGAAAACUAUGAUAUCCUACUAUACUUUAAAGCUCUUUUAUAUUCAUUAGAUAAAACUUUUGAAAAGGUCCAAUUAUUGAAAGAAAAAAAUAAAUUUUCUCAAAUGCUUAAUCUUCAGAUUAAUAUGUAUAAUAUGUAUGAAAAACAAAAAAUGAUGUUGCAAUAUGGGGACAUAAACGCACAAGGUAAUUACAUGAUGAGAAAUCAAGAUAAUUAUUUUAUGAAUGGUCAGGGGAAUAAUUACAUGAUGAGAAAUCAAGAUAAUUAUUUUAUAAAUGGUCAGGGGAAUAAUUACAUGAAUGGACAAACGAAUAAUUACAUGAAUGGUCAGGAAAAUAAUUACACAAAUAGCCAAAAGAAUAAUUUCAUGAAUGGCCAAAUGAAUAAUUGCAUGAAUGGUCAGGAAAAUAAUUACACAAAUAGCCAAAAGAAUAAUUUCAUGAAUGGUCAAAUGAAUAAUUGCAUGAAUGGUCAGGAAAAUAAUUACACAAAUAGCCAAAAGAAUAAUUUCAUGAAUGGCCAAACGAAUAAUUACAUGAAUGGCCAAACGAAUAAUUACAUGAAUGGUCAGGAAAAUAAUUACAUGAAUGGCCAAACGAAUAAUUUCAUGAAUGGCCAAACGAAUAAUUUCAUGAAUGGCCAAACGAAUAAUUUCAUGAAUGGCCAAAUGAAUAAUUUCAUGAAUGGCCAAAUGAAUAAUUUCGUGAAUGGCCAAAUGAAUAAUUACAUGAACAGUCAGGUACAUACAGAAAAUCCUUAUAGACCAAAUGAAAACGUUCAAACAUCAAGCCAAAUAAUGAAUGGCAAACAUAAUUAUGAUCAUAGGAUGGCGGGAAAUAUACAAGAGGGGAAAGGUAUAAAUACAAACUCAAAACAUAAAUUGUAUGAAAUUAAAAAAAACGAUGAUCACGACAUUAUAGAUGAAGAUACGUCAAAUAAUGAAGAUUUGGAGAGACAAAAUAAAAAUAAAGACGAUGAAGUAGAUAUGAUUGAAAAGAUAGAGAAUAUGAGUUUAUUUUUUACAAAUAUAUUGAAUGAGAAAUAUGAUUUUAAUUUUUUAAAAGAUGAAAAUAUAAAGAAUAAUAAGAAGAAAACGUUAGUACAGUGGAUAAUAUCUGGACUUUAUGAUAAGGAUAAUUAUAGAAGAAAUGAAGAGAAUAAGGAAAAAAGGCAAAAAACCACAAAGCAAUUAAAACGUAUGAUUGAAAAUUUGAAUGAAGAUUUAUAUUACAUAGACAAAAUAAAAAUAUCAUUUACAUAUUUACUUUUUCUAAAGAUAAAAAAAUAUAUACUUAUACAAAAGUUCAAUAAUUUAAAAGAAAAAAAAGGGGAAUUAAAAACAACAUAUCAAAAUAAAAUAUUAUAUAAAACUCAUCUAAGUAAACUUCAACAUAAUUUAACAAAGCAAAUGUACCAGCUAGAAAAAAAUGUUCUAAUUACAAACAAUCUAAGGGAUGGUCUUAUACAUAUCAUAGAGGAUGAAGCAUUUUAUAAAAAGGAUGAAAAGAAGGAAGAAAUUAUUAAUGAGGAGGAUCAAUCAAACAAGGGCCGCAUUUUUGAAAAAUAA